UUUUCAAUUUAGUUAUUGACAUCACCAUGUUGGCAUACAGUCAAAAUAACAAAACAAAUGACAUAUACAUGUAACAAAAAGAAAAUUAAAAAAAAACAAAUAUGGCACAAUGUCUAUAGCAUAUAUAAGACAUAUUCAUACGGUUCUUUAAAGUCCAUGAAUUUGUUUUCUCAUAAAGCAUCUAUCUAAAUAGUUACACAAGCGUUUUGUAAUAUUAUAAUCACUGAUCGCAUGGGUUAACAAUUUCUUUAAUGGGAUCAGUACCAAAGUAUAAUUUAUCACUAAAAAUAUCAUAAUAUUGAAAUCAAUGUUUGUCAUACACAGGACAGUAAAGUACAAAAUGUUUUUUUGUUUCCAACAAAUAAUUCACAAGCAUAGCACACAUGUGUACGUUUUUCUAUGAUAUAGAUCAUAGAGCACAGUUUUAAAGUAUGAAUAUCAAUUAAUUGUUCGGCAAAAGUAUGCACGCUGUUGUUGGUAAAUGUAAAAAGCAUAAUUCAGUAACAGACCCUAAAUUAGACGCUUGACAAAUACUUAUUGUGGGGAUGCUUUACGGGGUUAUGAAAUCAAACUCCACCCUAAAUUUUAAUAGCGUCUAUUGAACUGGAAAACACCUGCACCAAAUUUCAUGAAUUUUGGGGAACUUGGCAGGUAUUAAUCAGGAUGGUUUUUUGGUGGGGGUGGGGACUUAAUUCGAAGAGUUCUAAAUUUUCUGCAAAACUAUUGUGUGUACUGUAAAAUGCAAGAAUUCACGGUCUAAACUUGGUCCGAAAAUUUUUAAUAAAUGUGGAUCAACAUUUGUGUGGCAUGAAAAUUAAGUAAAUUAUCUUAGUUAGAAAAUAAGAUAUACACAAUUCUUUUAAAUCAGUGUAAGAAAUCAUGGUAUAGUUAAAUGAAACAAUAUUUAUUCAGUAAAUUGAUGGGAUUUGGAAGUAGGUUUAGACUAUAUGAACCCUCCGCCUAAUAAUCGAAUAAGUACGUUAAGUACAUGUACAAAAUUAUAUAACACUUGUAAAAUAAUUUGAAAUCUACAUAUAUAAUUAUUUUAACAGCGGCAUGAAUAAUAUUUACACAUGGUAAAAUAUAGUGCACUAUAGAAUUAUCAAUAUAGUAUUGAUGGUAUAAUGACUUAGGACAUUUCUCCUGAAGGUUAAAUUACAAAAUGUUUACAAACAAUAUAAAUCUUUGACAAAUAUUCAUUGAAUGUGUCAACUAAACCAUCCAAGAAAUAUUGCAGACUUAGACAGGUGAUGGCUUGAUAUUGUAUGAGAGAACAAAUGCUGUAAGUUAUACUUAAAAAGAAUUUAAAGAAAUCAUAUUUACCAAAAUAGUAUCACACCAAUUAUUUGAAACACGCGUUUCAAUGCAACACACAAUUAAGAGCAUUUCAAAUCAAUUUGCAAAAUUCUCUCUCUCUCUCUCUCUCUCUCUCUCUCUCUCUCUCUCUCUCUCUCUCUCUCUGAGAUAAUCUUAACAAAGUAAUUAACGAUUAAUGAAUUAUUUUAUUAAACUUGUAAUUUAUCAAAAAUGUUUUGAAAAUACAUUGUAACUUAUUUUGGAUUUUUAUUUAAAGAACUAGGCCUACAGAAAAAAUGUCGAAGAUUACACAGGGAUAUAAAUUGAACAAUUUAUUAAAAUAUUUCUGGAUAUGCAUAAAAUACACGAUUAUAUAUGUGGUGUAGCCAGCAUUAAUUCACCCCCUCACUAACUGUAGCGAGCGAUCCAGGACCCUACCCAUCCAACCUCCAAAAUAAUUAUUGAAAGGUUUUCCAAAAGCAAGCAUAAGCAAUUAAUAUGUUUUCUGGCUAUAUCCAUUGUUUUCCUCACAGGAUUAUGUAUUGACUACUCAAAACUACAAUACCGAUAAAAUUCAAAGCGUUGUCAAUUGUAAAUUCGUGAGAAAACUUCUAGAUCCAAUUUUUUUCCAACUUCCGUACUAAGACAACACCUACGUCCAAUUUUGAGUUAUGUUGAAUUUGACGGCAGAGAUGAAGCCUAUUAAAUCGCCGGACACCCCCCUCCCCGGUCCUUUAUUUCCAUCCCUGAAAUUCUCACCCAUUGUACGAAGCGGCACACUUUUGACCGACUCAGCGCCUUGAGCUGUCUUUAUACAGAAACCUUUCAAGUGGAUUACGCCUAUUUAACGGGUAUUUCUUUAGAUACAUAUUACAUGGUUACUCGCGGGGUAAUUGUGUUUCGCUGUCCAGGGGUGUCACAAACUCUAUAGGUACAUUAUAUCAGCCGCCAAAGAAACUGUACCAAUUAAUCGCUUCACGACAAAAUUAAUGACCCGUAACAUGCUCCCCGCAGCGCGUACUGUUAAGAAAACUUUCUUUUAAAUCAUUAUAAAUUUGCAUAGAAAUACAUAUAUGACCAAAAACACACAAAAGAAAAAAAAAAGAAGGAAAAAAAAGACCGAAGACUCUAAAAUUUCGGGAUGAAAAGGUUUAUUUUAUUAAAGAUAGUACUUAAAAGGUAGCAUUAAGCCUAGACUAAAGCUGCAAACGUAUAAAAUUUACACUAUAAAUUAUAUAUAUAUUUUUUUUUCAAAAUUGUUUUUGGAUCGCUCUUCCAAAUGUUUGUUCGGUUCAAUGAAGACGAUGCUCUGAUCCACGAUGGGCUACGUGCAUGAUAAUAAUUGACGUAGUCAAUUUUUAAUUCUAUAUUAUGUAUUUCUCAUGUAGGAUAUAAAUUCCUGAAAUUGUGCAUCUUCUUGAUAUUGUUUUCAGAAUCCAACUUACUCAUAACGUAUACUAGUGUGUAAAGGAAUCUCACCAAGUUAGUGUUAAAAUCCCGAGGGCCCUUAAUUGAUUGGUGAAUAAACAUAAUUUUAAUUAAUCAGUCAUAUCUGUGGUACAUAUGAAUAUAGAGCUAAUUAAAAACUGAUAAAACGCACUAAAAGCUCCCUACACUGGGGUCGUCGCAGGAUACCCCCGUUUUUGUGAUAGGUGUCACGUCUCUGUCGCUUUCCCUUAAAGGGCCUCAUGUCUGACGCGAUGUUUACCGUAUUUACUGUUUAUGUAUUAGCCGAGUAGUAUCGUGCGUAAAAUCACCUGAUGUCAUGUCAGGGCAUUUCAAAAAAGCAUUACCGGGCAAUCACAUUUAAAUGUUUGAUGUAAAACUGUACUGUAGUAAGCUUCCCGUGAUGUUCCUCGAUUCAUGAUGUGCAUUUCGUUUGGAUUGCCUAAUAAUAUUCUGGUAUAUUCGAAUGUGUUACCGUGCGUGUCUAUAUAGGUCAAAGUAGAACUACAAAGCGAAUAGCGGUCACAGCCGAAUAAUAAACAAGUAUAUUGUGACGUUUCCAUCUAUAAUUAGAGGCUUCCAUAUAUGGAACACGACUCAUUAAAUCCGCAAAUUUCAUUGGUCUAAAGCUGGCCGAUUGUGAUGUCAGAAAUAUUGACGUCACGAAUCUAAUAAACUAAUGUACACAGAAGGCUGGUCGCCAUACUGGAAGAAACGAACGAACAAAGAGGGAGACGGAGAAAGAAUCCUGGUAGAUUUUACGGGCGGCAGUAGUAAGAAUCAGUCAUUAAACAAAAAAAUCGUAAAGAAUUCACCUGAAGAAACUUGAAGAGUUUACAUCUUAUUCCAAAAUACGUAACGGUUACCGAGAAAUUGGAAGAAAUAUUUCGCCACUUAGAGAAACAGUUAUCUGUGAACAAUGAAAAAAGAAGUAAAAAGUGCUGUGGACUUUCUAGCUAAUAUCCUACGGACUUCAAAGUAUGUAAAUGAACAACAAGUACAAAUUUUCAAUGAAAACAUGCAACAUCUCCUCAGUUCCAAAUAUGAGAAUCACUGGUUUCCAUCCAAGCCAAACAAAGGAAGCGGUUUUCGCUGCAUCCGAAUCAAUCACUCGAUGGACCCUCUGAUUCUGCAAGCAGGACGUUCAUGUGGCCUUAGUGAUACAGUCAUUUUUUCAAGUAUUCCCAAAGAACUCACCAUCUGGGUGGAUCCUUUUGAUGUGUCCUACCGCAUAGGAGAAAAUGGCAGCAUAGGGGUACUAUUUGAAUCGAACAACACAAGCAAUGGAAACUCAUCAUCAUCAUCAUCAUCCAAUACGAUCGAAUCAUCGGAAAUGAUGCCUUUCUCAGCCAGUUCUUGCAAAGGACAGUUCAUGAACGAAUAUCCUCGGGAUAUGAGUCUCAACCAGUUUGCUGCAUAUGUGUACAGUUGAUUGUGAUGUCAUUUUCUUCACAUUCGUCAUGCUGCCAAUCAUCUGUACAUAUUUUCCACGGAUAACGACCGAUUUUAUUGUUAAAAUGGACUGCGAAUAUGGGAACAACUCUAUUUUUAAGAAAAUAUUUUUUUUUUCUUUUUACAUGUUAAGUGUUUGAAAAAAUGUGUUGUAGAUUUGAUGUAGUGCUAGCAAAAUUCCAUUGUGUGUGAUAUAUAUACAUGAAGGGCAAUAUUUUACGAAGGAUGAAUUUUGAUAUUGAAAAUGUGCAUGAAUGGAAAUAUUAUUUCUACAUCACCUGAUUUUUUAUACUGAAAAUCAGGUAGAAUCCUGCAGCCAUUAAAUGGGACUCGUAGGGUUGUUUUUUAACUUGCAAUUCCACUAAAAAGUGGUUGAAGCAUUUUUAAGUCUUUCAUGACCGAUAUGCGUCCCAUUUUUGAUCUCUAUAGUGUAUGUAUUUUGUAUACCCAAUUUGUAUGAGUGAACAGUUGUUUUCAGGGGCAUUGUAUAGAAAUAUAUUUGCUCCUUUUUAACAGGUGCAUAAUUUCUAAGAAAUAAGGGGAAAAUACUGAAAAAAAAAUGUCAAAAUGUCAGAAUAAAUUAAUUUAUAUGUUGCAAAAACA